AAACCAAAGCCUCAGAAACACAUACAUGGCUCCUCUCCUCUUCCUCCUCCUCUUCUUCAGUGGACUCCCAGGAUUUCACAGCGUGAAGACAGUGAGCAAAGUGACCGUACAGAGGGGUGGAUCUGUCACCAUCCCGUGUCACUAUGAUCAGAAAUAUAAAGACUAUGUGAAGUACUGGUGCAGAGGUUACAGCUGGCCCACCUGCACUGUGAUAGCGCGCACUGACUCUACACGGAGAAGAGAAGACGUAUCAAUCACCGAUGACCCCGCCCAGCAGGUUUUCACCGUGACCAUGAGGAACCUGCAGGAGAGGGAUAGCAACAAGUACUGGUGUGCUGUGAAAAUUAAGGGUUUUGGGACACCUGAUGACAAGGCACCUCUGUUCCUGACGGUUUCCACCGGUUCUCCUGGUCUGUCGGUGCUGAACAACACAGUGGUGGGUGAGGAAGGGGGCAGUGUCAGCAUCCAGUGUCUCUAUAGUGACAGCCUCAAGGAGAGAGGGAAGAAGUGGUGCAGGAGUGGGGACUGGAGCUCCUGUAUGACAGCAGGGGGAACUGGGAUAUCCCAGCAUGCAUCUGUGCAGAUCAGUGAUGACAGAAGAGGAGAGUUCAAUGUAACAGUGAGGCGACUGGAGAGGAAGGACACAGGCUGGUACUGGUGCACUGCAGGAGACACACAGGUGCCUGUUCACAUCAGCGUGGUGCAGCCAACAGGGACACAACGCGCCAUCAACUCAACGUCGCCCCCGACAACGCCACAAACAACAUUCAUGACAACAUCGCUCUCUACAGGAGCAUCUACAGACAGCAUAGCAUCUCAGACCACGACUGAGUCUGUCCGACCAGCAACAUCGUCUACUCUACCACCUACAGCUCCAUUUACGACACCAAGUGCUACUCUAACAACUGCACCCACAGCAUCCUCUGUUGUAACAAAGUCUCCACUUACAACAGCACCCUCUACCCUAACAGAAACUCCACCUAAAACAUCAUUCUCUGUUUUAACUACAAGAACAUCACCCUCCACAUUAGCAACAACAGCUACAUCAACACCAGCUCCUGACGUGCCAACAACGUCUUCUACAUCCCCGGCCUCAACCAGAGUCAACAGUGCUGUAAAGGUGGAUACGCAGAGCCAGACAUCACACAGCCUCCACCUGUGGCAGGUUUUUUCGAUAGCCUGCGGCGUGCUGUUGCUCUCGGUGACGGUUGCCAUGGCAUCGUGGAAGACAUGCAGAAAGCGCAGGAAAGCGUACAGGAGAUGGGAGACGGAUGAGAUGGAGACACACCUUGCACUUCAGGCGGACGGCGACGCUGACCUCACGGGCCCUGCCGAUACUGUCCUCAGCAGCACCCCCCAGGGAGAGCACCUGUGUUAGCAACAGCUAACAUUCCCAUAACCUUUCUGUAAC